GCCAGGGGUAGCGUAGGUAGCUAAAGUGGCCUGCAGACUGGCGCCUGUUGCUGAGGUGGGGGAGGAGGGGCCCCGAGGCGUGGGGAAAGCCGCAAUGAGGUCCGUGCUGACGUGGAGAGAUAAAGUCGAUCAGUGUGUCUAUGACCUUGCAUUUAAGCCCGAUGGAACGCAACUGAUCCUGGCUGCAGGAAACAGAUUACUGGUCUAUGACACCUCCGAUGGCACCUUGGUUCAGCCCCUCAAGGGACACAAAGACACCGUGUACUGCGUGGCCUACGCAAAGGAUGGCAAGCGGUUUGCCUCUGGAUCAGCUGAUAAAAGCGUUAUUAUCUGGACAUCAAAACUGGAAGGCAUUCUGAAGUACACGCACAAUGAUUCUGUGCAGUGCGUCUCCUACAACCCCAUCACACACCAGCUGGCGUCUUGCUCCUCCAACGACUUUGGGCUGUGGUCUCCUGAACAGAAGUCUGUCUCCAAGCACAAAUCAAGCAACAGGGUCACCUGCUGCAGCUGGACAAAUGAUGGUCAGUACCUGGCUCUGGGGAUGUUCAACGGCGUCAUCAGCAUCCGGAACAAAAACGGCGAGGAGAAAGUGAAGAUCCAGCGGCCAGGGGGCUCCCUCUCCCCAGUUUGGUCUAUUUGCUGGAACCCUUCAAGCCGGUGGGAGAAUUUCUGGAUGAACAAAGAGGACGAGGACCCUGAGGAUGUCAUUGUCAGCAGAUAUUUUCAGGAAAUUCCUUCCACUCUGAAGUCAACAGUGUACAGUAGUCAGGGUAGUGAGGCAGAGGAGGAGGAGCCAGAGGAAGAGGACAACAGUCACAGGGACGCCAAGCCUACCCAUGACGUUUUCCACUCUGUCACUUUGGGCUGGAUUUUUUCAAACAAGGCCUGCAGAUCUCAUAACACUGCCAGAGAGGAACAUAAUGACAUCCUGGCUGUAGCUGACUGGGGACAGAAACUUUCCUUCUACCAACUGAGUGGAAAACAGAUUGGGAAGGAUCAGCCGCUGAACUUUGACCCCUGCUGCCUCAGCUACUUUACUAAAGGGGAGUACAUUUUGCUGGGCGGGUCAGACAAGCAAGUGUCCCUUUUCACCAGGGACGGAGUGCGGCUCGGCACUGUUGGGGAGCAGAACUCCUGGGUGUGGACCUGCAAAGUGAAGCCCGAUUCCAACUACGUGGUGGUCGGCUGCCAGGAUGGCACCAUCGCCUUCUACCAGCUUAUUUUCAGCACAGUCCACGGGCUCUACAAGGACCGGUAUGCCUACAGGGACAGCAUGACCGACGUGGUGAUACAGCACCUGAUCACCGAGCAGAAAGUUCGUAUUAAAUGCAAAGAGCUUGUCAAGAAAAUUGCCAUCUACAAAAGUCGCUUAGCAAUUCAACUGCCAGAGAAAAUCCUCAUCUAUGAGUUGUAUUCAGAUGACUCUUCAGACAUGCAUUACCAGGUGAAGGAGAAAAUUCUCAGGAAGUAUGACUGUAACCUCCUGGUGGUGUGCACGGACCACAUCAUCCUCUGUCAGGAGAAGCGGCUGCAGUGUCUGACCUUCACCGGAGUCAAGGAGCGGGAGUGGCAGAUGGAGUCUCUCAUUCGCUACAUCAAGGUGAUCGGUGGCCCUCCCGGAAGGGAAGGCCUGUUAGUGGGCCUGAAGAAUGGGCAGAUCCUGAAGAUCUUCGUGGACAAUCUCUUUGCCAUCGUCCUGCUGAAGCAGGCCACCGCCGUGCGCUGCUUGGACAUGAGUGCGUCCCGGAGCAAGCUGGCCGUGGUGGACGAGAACGACACGUGCCUGGUGUACGACGUCCAAACCAAGGAGCUGCUUUUUCAGGAACCCAACGCCAACAGCGUGGCCUGGAACACCCAGUGCGAGGAUAUGCUGUGCUUCUCGGGAGGCGGCUACCUCAACAUCAAGGCCAGCACCUUCCCCGUGCACCAGCAGAGGCUGCAGGGCUUCGUGGUCGGCUACAACGGCUCCAAGAUCUUCUGCCUCCACCUCUUCUCCAUGACGGCCGUGGAGGUGCCGCAGUCCGCUCCCAUGUACCAGUACCUGGAUAGAAAAUUGUUCAAAGAAGCCUACCAGAUUGCUUGCUUGGGCGUGACGGACACUGAUUGGCGGGAGCUGGCUAUGGAGGCCCUAGAGGGAUUAGAGUUUGAAACUGCAAAGAAGGCCUUCGCCAGGGUACAAGACCUGCGCUACCUAGAGCUCAUCAGCAGCAUUGAGGAGAGGAAGAAGCGCGGAGAGACCAACAAUGACCUGUUUCUGGCAGAUGUCUUUUCCUACCAGGGGAAGUUCCACGAGGCCGCCAAACUGUACAAGAGGUGCGGGCACGAGAACCUCGCGCUCGACAUGUACACCGACCUCUGCAUGUUCGACUAUGCCAAGGAUUUCCUUGGAUCUGGAGACCCCAAAGAAACAAAGAUGCUGAUCACCAAACAGGCAGACUGGGCCAGGAAUAUCAACGAGCCCAAGGCCGCCGUGGAGAUGUACGUCUCUGCAGGGGAGCACGUGAAGGCCAUAGAGAUCAGCGGCGACCGCGGCUGGACGGACACGUUGAUCGACAUCGCCCGCAAACUCGACAAGGCCGAGCGCGAGCCCCUGCUGCUGUGCGCGCGCUACUUCAAGAAGCUGAACAACCCCGGCUACGCGGCCGAGACCUACCUGAAGAUCGGCGACCUCAAGGCCCUGGUGCAGCUGCACGUGGAGACCCAGCGCUGGGAGGAGGCCUUCGCUUUGGGCGAGAAGCACCCUGAGUUUAAGGAUGACAUCUACGUGCCCUACGCUCAGUGGCUGGCAGAGAACGAUCGCUUUGAGGAAGCCCAGAAAGCGUUCCACAAGGCCGGAAGGCAGCGGGAGGCGGUCAAGGUUCUGGAGCAGCUCACGCACAACGCCGUGGUGGAGAGCAGGUUCAACGAUGCCGCCUAUUACUACUGGAUGCUGUCCAUGCAGUGUCUCGACAUCGCGCAAGCAGAUCCUGUCCAGAAGGACACCAUGCUGGCCAAGUUCCACUACUUCCAGCACCUGGCCGAGCUGUACCAUGGCUACCACGCCAUCCAUCGGUACACGGAGGAGCCGUUCAGUUUCCACCUUCCGGAAACCCUCUUCAACAUCUCCCGGUUCCUGCUGCACAGCCUGACCAAGGACACCCCCUUGGGCAUCUCUAAAGUGAACACCCUCUUCACCCUGGCCAGGCAGAGCAGGGCCCUGGGCGCCUACAAACUGGCCCGACACGCCUACGACAAGCUCCAGGGCCUGCAGAGCCCCGCCAGGUUCCAGAAGUCCAUCGAGCUGGGCAGCCUGACCAUCCGCUCCAAGCCCUUUCAUGACAGCGAGGAGCUGGUGCCCCUGUGCUACCGCUGCUCCACCAACAACCCCCUGCUGAACAACCUGGGCAACGUCUGCGUCAACUGCCGCCAGCCGUUCGUCUUCUCCGCCUCUUCCUACGGAGCCUGUCCCCACCCCUCCCUGUGCCCAGAGGUGCUGCACCUGGUGGAGUUCUACCUGGAGGAGGGCAUCACGGACGAGGAGGCCGUGGCCCUCAUCGACCUGGAGGCACCCAGACACAAGCGCGAGAACAGGUGGCAAGAGGUGACCAGCAGCAACUCCCAGACUCUUAGGCUGGACGAGAGCAUGGAGCCCAUGGGAGAGGAAGACCCGUUCACCGCCAAGCUCAGCUUCGAGCAAGGCGGCUCGGAGUUCGUGCCGGUGGUGGUGAACCGGUCAGUGCUGCGCUCCAUGAGCCGCCGGGACGUCCUCAUCAAGCGCUGGCCGCGGCCCCUGCAGUGGCAGUACUUCCGCUCGCUGCUGCCCGACGCCUCCAUCACCAUGUGCCCCUCCUGCUUCCAGAUGUUCCACUCCGAGGACUACGAGCUGCUGGUGCUUCAGCACACCAGCUGCCCCUACUGCCGCAGGCGCAUCGACGACCCCGGCCCCUGACCGCGGAACCACCUGCAGACCCCAGGCCCGGGACGCGAAGGAAGCAAGAGUGCCGGUCAGAAGGCGUCCCCAGCUGAAGCUGUCUUUCAGGGAGGGGCCUGUGCUGCCACAGAAUUCCUAUUUAUGGCAUUUCGUGCCUUGUAAAUAGCACCAGGAGAUGGGAGAGAAUGUACAUAUAUUUUCUAAGAAAAAAAAAAAAAUCUGUUACUUUGCGAGCGGCUGGAGCUGCGGAGGCAACCUGCCCGAGUCCACGGAUCUGUCAGACCAGGAACACGCGCACCGCGCCAACAGAUUGCCUCAAUAAUGACAAAUAAAAGGGCUACUUAUUUUCA